AUGCCUGGCGUCAACGGUACCAACGGAUCGUCCCCUCAGGGCACCUUCCUCUUCACAGUAAGUGAAUAUGAUCCAGCGCAGAGGUCGAAAAAGGCCCUCGCUGCGAGAUCCGAGUCCGUCGGUGAGGGUCACCCCGACAAGAUCGCCGAUCAGGUCUCUGAUGCUAUCCUCGACGCCUGCUUGGCCGAGGAUCCCCUCUCCAAGGUCGCUUGCGAGACCGCCACCAAGACUGGUAUGGUCAUGGUUUUCGGUGAAAUCACCACCAAGGCCAAGCUCGACUACCAGAAGAUUGUCCGUGACGCCGUCAAGGGCAUUGGCUACGAUGACUCUGAGAAGGGCUUCGACUACAAGACCUUGAACUUGCUCGUCGCCAUCGAGCAGCAGUCCCCCGACAUUGCUCAGGGUCUGCACUACGAGGAGGCUCUUGAGAAGCUCGGCGCUGGUGACCAGGGUAUCAUGUUCGGUUAUGCCACUGACGAGACCCCUGAGCUGUUCCCCCUCACCCUCCAGCUCGCUCACAAGCUCAACGCUGCCAUGUCUGCUGCCCGCCGUGACGGAUCUCUGCCCUGGCUGCGACCCGACACCAAGACCCAGGUCACCGUCGAGUACAAGCACGACAACGGCGCUGUUGUCCCCAUCCGUGUCCACACUGUUGUCGUGUCUGCUCAGCACUCUCCCGACAUCACCACCGAGGAGCUCCGCAAGCAGAUUCUCGAGAACAUCAUCAAGAAGACCAUCCCCGCCAAGUACCUCGACGACAACACCAUCUACCACAUCCAACCCUCUGGUCUCUUCAUCAUUGGUGGUCCCCAGGGUGACGCUGGUCUUACUGGCCGUAAGAUCAUUGUCGACACCUACGGUGGCUGGGGUGCCCACGGUGGCGGUGCCUUCUCCGGAAAGGACUUCUCCAAGGUCGAUCGUUCCGCCGCCUAUGUCGGUCGCUGGAUCGCCAAGUCUCUGGUCAACGCCGGCCUUGCCCGUCGUGCUCUUGUCCAGCUCUCUUACGCCAUUGGUGUUGCCGAACCCCUGUCCAUCUAUGUCGACACCUACGGCACCUCUGAACGAACCUCGGACGAGCUCGUCGAGAUUAUCCGCAACAACUUUGACCUGCGACCCGGCGUCAUUGUUCGUGAGCUCAACCUGGACCGCCCCAUCUACCUUCAGACUGCCAAGAACGGUCACUUCGGUACCAACCAGUCAUUCACCUGGGAGCAGCCUAAGCAGCUCAAGUUCUAA